GUCGACACUCGACAGAAUAAAGGGUUAGCCAAAUGAUUUUCGUCUUCCAAAAUUGUCGACAGAAUCUGUGAAGUUCCAUCUCUCUCUCGGGCGACUGCGUUGAUUACUGCGAGAUCGAAAAUGGAGAAGGAGGCAAAUGGCUCGUCUCCUUCAACCGAGUUAGGGAUGGAGUCCAGCGCCUCCGGCCCUGCCAUCUGGGAGCAAAUUGAGCUUUCCGAGAGCUACCUUGUUUGCUCAAUGUACGAGGAAGCAGCCUCAUUAGCCUCCUCUAUUCUGAAGCCUCUUUCACAACACAGUCAACACCUUGAAGCCGACGGCGACCGCUUCGAGCUCUACGACAUGUCGGAAUCGGCCGGUAUGGUGCUUGUGCAAUCCUUAAAACAACUUGGAAGGACAUCAGAGAUUCUGAAUGAGCUCAAACCAUUGUUUGCCUCUGUUGGUACUAUCCCUGUUCAAGUUCUUCUCACUGGGGUAUGUUUUUAUAUAUCAGAAGGGCAUUCCCUUGGUAUUCAAGAAUUUCUGGAAGAGUUCCUUAGCAGCUGGAGUUUUGUGGAUGAACAAUACUAUGUUCUUGCUAGUACAGAAAAAUUUGCGGAUAAUGCAAAAAGAAGUAAUGAGCAUUUUGUUCUGGGAGUUGACAAGUAUGUAGAAGUAGUUGAGGUCUAUGUGCUGAAGCUUCUGGGAACCGUUUUGAAUGAUGUCAAGCUUGCAACCUCUUGGGUUGAGACUGCUGAAUUACCUGAGGAUAGGAGACAGGUACUUUUGAGAAGAUUACACUCACUACAUUCUGUUAAAGCCACAAACUCACCGCAAGGAUCCAUGUCAUCUUCACUGGAGGACAACUAUGAUGUGGAGCAGAUAGCUGUGCCUGCCGGAUAUCCAAAAGCCAGAUAUGGAGGGACUGUUAAGAAACAAACAGUUUUCAAUCUGUCCAAAAAGUUGGAACCAUGUGUCUGGUGGUUCCGUACGAUCACUCUGAAAUUUGGUAGUGCUCGGGUGGUAAUAUCUAAUGGAAAGAUUGUCUCAGGAUUCUUGAUUUUGCUCAUAUAUUACAUUUUGCGGAGAAAACAAGCUACCAUAAAGAGGACUAUUCAGAGACAAGCUUUGACAAUGAAGAAAGCUCUGGUGGACUUGUGGCAGCUUGCAUUUUCAUACCAGGUGAAUCCUUUAGCUGCUGUUCAACCUCUUGCCGCUGCAACACAAGGAGGCCGGUGAUUCAAUUUUAGGCGUUCUCCCUUGAAUAUUCGUUCUUUACUAUGAAAACCAACUGCCAAUAGCAGAGUUCUGUUGUGUGAAAGUGCAUUAGUAUGAACUACUAAACUGCCAAAAGCAAUGAUAAAAAUCUGGGUUGUUGAUUGAGAAAA